UGGACGCAGUCGGAGGGAGCCGAAGCCUCAGCCCUCAAUCUGUGAGGUGGGGACCAGACGUUUCCGACACCGCACCCUAGGCAGGUCCAGCCGAAUUCCCCCGAGCGCUCCAGCCGCCCCGUCGCGGAGCGAGAGCCCUUCACCCCGCAUUCGGAGACCGAGAUGGCUUCAGUGACUGAUGGUAAAACUGGGGUCAAAGAUGCCUCUGACCAGAAUUUUGAUUAUAUGUUCAAACUGCUCAUCAUUGGCAACAGCAGCGUUGGCAAGACCUCCUUCCUCUUCCGCUAUGCCGAUGACACCUUCACCCCAGCCUUUGUCAGCACCGUGGGCAUCGACUUCAAGGUGAAGACAGUCUACCGUCAUGAGAAACGAGUGAAGCUGCAGAUAUGGGACACUGCUGGGCAGGAGCGGUACCGGACCAUCACGACGGCCUACUACCGUGGGGCCAUGGGCUUCAUUCUGAUGUACGAUAUCACCAAUGAGGAGUCUUUCAAUGCUGUCCAAGAUUGGGCUACUCAGAUAAAGACCUACUCCUGGGACAAUGCCCAGGUUAUUCUUGUGGGGAACAAGUGUGACAUGGAGGAAGAGAGGGUUGUUCCUACUGAGAAGGGCCAGCUCCUUGCAGAACAGCUUGGGUUUGACUUCUUCGAAGCCAGUGCCAAGGAGAACAUCAGUGUGAGGCAGGCCUUUGAGUGCCUGGUAGAUGCCAUUUGUGACAAGAUGUCAGAUUCUCUGGACACAGACCCCUCCAUGCUGGGCGCCUCCAAGAACACGCGCCUGUCGGACGCCCCACCACUGUUGCAGCAGAACUGCUCAUGCUAGGCAAGGCCCACCCUCCUCACAUCCCCUCCUGCGGCCCCACACCUGCUCUGCCCCUCCUGUUCCUUGCUGUGCACUCCCAGCCCGAGUAAGCUAGGCUGCUGCUGUUCUUGGCCUGCCCCCAGGGUAUGCUGCAGAUGGCCCCAUCACAGACCCCCAGCCCUAGCCUGGCAGUGCAGGUCGGUCAGCAGUGGGUGGAGAUUUGCCUCACAAAAGAACGCUUUCUGUUUUACAAACGGGAUUCACUGCUGGGACUUGAAAAGCUGGCCUCUUUUCUGCCUUUAAAAUAAAAUUUCCUCCAUCUAUCAAAAUUUCACACACACACACACACACACACACACAUACACACACAAUUUCUGGAACUGGCCAGAUGUGUCAAGUGAGACCCACCUGUGCAGCUAAUCCUAUUACAAAGAAAGCCUCACAAAGUGCAGACAUGCUUGUUUCAUGUCAGGCUCCCCAUGGGGCUUCCUCUCCAAGCCCUGUGCCUGUUACCACGGAUGCCCGCAGGGCCCGGGCAGUUGCUGUGGUGACAGGGCCAGAGCUAAUCUCCGGAGAGCUCCGGUCUCUCAUGAUGCUGGAGGAGCAAAGGCUGAGUCAGAAACACACUUAGAGGAAAAAGAUUAUCCCCUGCAAAAUGUCAAAGGUUCCUGCUCUGCAAAAGGGCAAGCAAGUGAGCUCGAGAAAGACAAAGAGAAACACCAGCCAGAAGAAGAAAUAGGUCAUGAGUUUCUGAUACUGCAGCUUUCCAGCUGCUCCGUAACUGGGAGCUCCACUCAGACUCCCAGAAUCUGAAAAUUCUCGAGUUGGUGGGAAUUGACCUGACCUCUUUGGGCUGGUCACUUCUCACCUUCCUGUCUCUGACAAGUGGUUGUGGAACCUCAUACCCCCCAUGUCUCUUUCUUUUGUGCUUCAAAAACAGGCAGGAAUGGGAGCAAGCUUAUUGUCCACAUUCUCUGUGGGCAGCUCUCAUAGUCAGUAAGUUUUCCUUGCUUCAUACUGAAAUAUGGCUCCUGGAAAGUCUUCUUACUCUUCCCACCCCAUUUAUAUAAGCUCCACUGUCACAGUCGCUGCUCCCCGUGCUCCAUGGUACCCUUAGAUGAUCUGAGCACAGGGAUCUGGGACCUGCCCUUUCUCUGAGUCAAAACCUCUAUAAUCCAACCCGCCAUUCUUCAUGGGGUCUCCUCCCAUCAUGCCCCUUUCUUUCAGCCCAUCUUCCGGUUACUCCUGAGCAGUCCAACUGAGAGAUGCGAUUGAAAGCAGAAUAACUCUAAGGGGGCGUGACCCUGAGAAAUUGAACAGCUGAACUCAGAGGUAUCACUUCAACCCCCAUUCUCCUAAGAGUGAAACCAGAGAGCCUGUGUGAAACCACUUGGGGGUGUGUGUGUCACCCCUUCAUUAAACACCUGAAGUAAAAAAGAUACUAUGAGGUCAGAAUGAAUUAGCUCAGGAUUCUAGCUUUCUUGGACACAGGCACAUGUUUGGGUUUUAGCUGAAACAAUGACAAGGAACUGGCAGUGGUUCCUGAAAAUCUCUCUUCUCCACUACGGCAGGAAUCCUCAGCCUCCUUCCACUACACUAACAUACACGUUACAAGUUCAUGGGUGGAGGUGGGGGGGGCACAGGUAGUCUCUCCUCAGUUUCCUCUCCACUUCAAAUGCAGCUGAUUAUCCCAUUAUCCCAGGAAAGUGUGUUCCCUAGCCACUGGUCUAACAACCAAAUAAAAAGAACCAUCGGUGCGGUGUGGUGUAGAGGAGAGAUUUGCACUUGGAAUCAGGAGACCUGGACUCUGCCAUUGAACCUAGUGUGGCUGUGGACCAGUCAGUGCCCACAUCUGAGUCCCGAUUUCCUACCUGUAACAUGAGGGCAGUUAUUUGGGUGCUCUUUAAAGGUCCCUUCAGGCAUGGACAGGCAUGGACUUUCACCAUUUCAGUGGACCUGAAAAGCCCAAGGGAGCAGGAUUAGCAGCCCAUUGUUAGUUAGUGACACACAGGCCUUGCUGACUCUGUAACAUUGUUCUCAGUACUCUAUGUGUGUUAACUUAUUUAUCUUCCCAACAUCUUUGUGGGGGAGGCACUGUAAUCAAUCUCAUUUAAAGACAGGAAACAAAGGUACAAAGUGGUUCAAGCUUGGAUACAGUCAUAUCAUGAGUCAACAGUGGAGUUGGGGUUCAAACCCAGGCAGCAGGCUCGGCCACAUUUUAUACUGCAUCUCUUACAGAUAAACUGUGAUCCAGUGAGAUGAAGAGAUUUGGCCAAGAUCACACAGCUUUAGAGCCAUGUUAGGAUUCAAUCCCAGGGCCAUCAGAUUCCAGGUCUACUAGAGAAAAGACUUACACGUCUAAUCUGUUAACAGAUUGUUCAACCGCUGAGACUAAUCUGAGCUGACGGAUGUCUGAUGCUCAAGAAAGGAAAGUCAGUCUUUGAGACAACCGAGUCCCUUAGGCCUGCACAGAAAAUGCUCAGUGCCUGGCAGACCCACGUGCUGACUUUCCCUGUAUCUGCUUCCGCCAGGUGAUACUUACCUGGCUUCCAGGCCGUGCUUUGAGCCACCUCCUUGUUUCAGCAAUGUGGCUUGGUUAAUCCUCUGACCAUGAGAGAAUACUGUCCCUCCACAAGGCAGUGGUCUGGAGAUGUGCUUUUUAUGCUGCGAAGUUGCAUGGUUUCAUGGAUAAUUACUAUCUUUUCUAAGGAGCGACACCAUCUACCUAAUACCAGGAUUUCAGACCACGAUCCUCAUGACCCCUAGAUAUUCUAGCAUCUAUAUGUUCAUUAAUCUUUUCUUUCCUACCCAGUGUCCAGGCAAAGGCUGAUUCUUUUACUUAAAAACUGUCAAAUUCUUUAAAAUCUGGAGCCAGUUCAAGGGAACAAGUAUCUUCACAACAGAUGGAAUUUAGAGUUGCAAACCAUUCUACUGGGCAGCAGUCAGGCCUGCUUGCUAGAUGGCAGUUCCCCACCCUGCUCUGUGACCUCAUUUCUGGCAAGUGGAAGGCAGCAGCUUCAAGCUGAUUGCACACAAGGUUCAUCAAUCACGGUAACAGUGCAAUUAGCCACCAAGGUUCAAGCUGCAUAUAGUGUGUGUUAGUGGCAAUUUCCCAAGCAAAUGCAAAUAAGAGACAAUUAAACAAACUCUUGACCUCAAAAGAGGAAAAAGUAGGCCAAAAGUAUGAUACAGUAUUGUAGUUAUUCACAGAAUCUGUUUUCAUUGUGUGUCUAUCUGUAAAUACAAUGUGCAAGUUUUGUCUCCUCAGUCUGUAACAUUAACUUCUAGGAGCAACAGUGGGGGAGGGUAUACUGAAUAGUCUGAUAUCUGUUGGAUAUUAGUCCUGGAAGGGAGCUUAGAGAAGCUCUUGUCCUGGCUUCUAUUUUUCAGGGUGGGGAGGAGAUUGAGGUCCACAGAAUGGGAAGAAAUCUCUUAAUUGCUCUGACAGGGCAUUAGUGGUGGGGCCUGAUUGGUUCUUUGAUCCACUUCAAGAAGAAAUUCAUCUAUUCUGGGUACCUACUAUGGGUCUAGCACUAUUAAACCCUGGAUAAUAUAGAUAAAAAUGAUGAUUCUUUCUAGCAAAGUACCUUAAAUCUAAAGGAGAUGCUGCUUCUAAAAUAUUAUUCCAAUUUGACAGAUGAGGAACAUAGCCUUUGGAAAGUUAACAUGCCCAAGUCAUCCGCAGGAGCAUUUGAACCCACCUCUGUCAGGUUCUUUUGGGUUUCCUCUUCAGGUUUUCUCAGAUGAAAGGUAAAUGGGGCAGUGGUAGUAACAGAGUCCCAAGGCUUCUCAAAGUUGUGAAUAACCUCAGCUGGGUCUUUGGUUUGCAGUUGCUUUGUGACCAAAGCCUUAUAACAGAAUUGAUUGAACAUCCUCCAGACCUGGCUUUCUCACUCAUAUCCCCCAUUCCUGCCCCAAAGCCCCUAGCUUGCAUAUCAAAUUUCCUGUACUGUCUUGAGGAAUGGUUUUUGGACUUUGCCAACAGUUUGGGGGUAGGGAAAGGAUGACAACAACCAGUAUCCUGGCUCUCAUUGAUUUCAUAUCCUCCAUCCCAAGCCUUCACCUGCCAUAGUUGGAGAAUCAAGUUGCAUGAUUAGAAAUGCAUGCAAGACUAUCCCAUGAAAUACAAAUACUAAAUUUUUAAAACUUUAAGGUCUGGCUCCCUUAUAUAAAGAAAACAAAACUUUAUUUAUUCAUUCAACAAAUGAGUGUCUAGUAUGUUCCAGGGUACAGUUGUUGGCAAGGUAGACACGGUCCUUGCCUUAAUGAAAUACAUGGCUUCAUGGUUUACUUCAGAUAUUGUCAAAUCAUCACCCAGAUGUGAUUACAAGUACUGUGAAGGAACAGUCCAUGGUGCCAUAAAAACACAAGAUCAUGGGGCCAGCGCUGUGGUACAGUGGGUUAAUGCCCUGGCCUGAAACGCCAGCAUCCCAUAUGGGCACCAGUUCGAGUCCUGGCUACUCCUGUUAUGGCCUAGGAAAGCAGUGGAAGAUUGCCCAAGUCCUUGGGCCCCUGCACCCAUGUGGGAGACCUGGAAGAAGCUCCUGGCUCCUGGCUUUGGAUCGGCUCAGCUCCAGCCAUUGUGGCCAAUUGGGGAGUGAACCAUCAGAUGGACGAUCUCUCUCUCUCUCUCUCUCUCUCUCUCUCUCUCUGCCUCUCCUCUCUCUACGUAACUCUGACUUUCAAAUAAAUAAAUAAAUCUUAAAACAACAACAACACAAGGUCAGGAAGCCUGAAUCAACUUUGAGGAGCUGUGUCAGGAGCCCUAGGAAGAAGACUACUGCCUCCAAUACCUCCACUGCCCACUGGCCAUUGCUUCACAUCUUCAAGUAAGCUUUCAUCUUGCAGUUCAGACCUUUGAUGGUUGAUCAAAUACAAAUCCCCCAAGAAGAAUAAGGGCGGGAAAAAGAAUAUUUGUAUUUGUGAAAGAGACUGCCUGGUUAAGAAUUCACUGUUUUCCUUUAGGGACCUAACAAACCACUCCAAAUCCUAAUGGCUGAAACAACAUUCAUUUCUCACAGUUCUGUAGUGGGGCUGGGUGAUUCUUCUAACUGGCGCUGGAUGGUGUAAAAUGAAUUCCUUCACAUGUUUGGGGUCUCAGCUGAGAUGGACUGGAGCAGUUGAGGCCGCUCCUCACAUGCUGUUAUCUCCCAGAGGGCUGCCCAAAGAAUGUUCAUAGUGGCAGAAGUUUUCCCAGCAGCAGGGGAAGGCCAGAUCCAACACAAAAACACUUCUCAAGCCUCUGUUCGCAUCACAUUUGCUAAUGUCCCACUAACUAGUGCAAUUAACAGCCAAGCCCAGUCUCAACAGGUGGAGAAAUAUAGCAUCUAAUAUAAAAUAUUGUGGCUGAUUUUUCAGUCCACCACAGGAGCACCCCUAAGUUAUCUGAACCUAAGUGUGGUAAAUUUCCUGGGUUUUAAGACCUAAUUCUAAGGAUAUCCCCCCAAGAGGAGGGUCAAAAUGAUUUAAAGCAAGGCAGUCUCAUCAUUUGGUUGUACAAAGAGCCUGCUUUGGGGGCAUCAAGAUACAGCAAGCUGGAGAAGUUUUGAGGCUUGCUAAACAGUCCAUUUGGUUACUUAUUAGCUUUUUCUGCUUUUUCUGAGGAUAAAUCUGGCUUCUCAUUCCAAGGGAUUCCCUAUAGAUGAUGGUUGUGAUUCCUACCUGAAAUUCCUGCCCAGAAGCCCACAGAAGGACUCAGUGUGUACAGAAAAGAUGGCUCAGAGAACAGUCAGGCCCUAUGCUCUGGUUAUACUCUUUCCUGGAGUACUCAUUGAGUUCUGAGGCUAUAGAUGCCAAGUCUUUGGUAAUGACAUGUAUACCCAAGUUCAUACUAGAUAUUUAUUUCCAUGUCUCAAUAGGCACAAAUAGAAACUCAACUCUGUCCCAAACAUGAUAUGACUUCUGUGAAAAUUAGUCUUCAGAGAAACCUAGGUGACAUCCUUAAUUCCUGGAUUUUCCUCUUUUCUUAGUCUGCAUCUAAACCAGCAACAAAUCCUAUGGUUCUAUAGUUUUUUUUUUAAUUCAAGAAGAAGAGAAAGGGACAGAGACAGAGCUCCCACCCACUGGUUCACUUCUCAAAUGCCCACAAUAACAAUUAAGAUCCAGGAACUUAAUCUGGGUCUCCCACAUGGGUGGCAGGGACCCAACUACCCAACACCUUUUAUCCAGAGUCUGCACUGAUAAGAAGCUGGAAUCUGAAACUGGGAAUCAAACCCUUGCACUCUAAUAUGGGACAGUGUCUUAACUGCCAGACCAAAUGCCUGCCUUCCUACUUAUCUCAAAUAUGCCUUCUUUCUUCAUUUCCAUUGUCAUGACCUUGGUCCAAGCUAUCAUUGUUUCUCCUCUAGAGAGCUACCACAGAUUUUCUAGCUGGUUUCCAUUUGUUUCCUUACAAUCCAUCCUUCACACAAUAGAAAUCUUUUAAAAAUACAAAAAAAAAAAAAAAGGAUUGGUGUUGUGGUAUGCCACUAGAGACACCAGCACUCCAUAUGGGUGCCAGUUUGUGUCCUGGCUGUGCCACUUCCUAUCUAGCUCACUGCCAGUGCACCUGGGAAAGCAGUGGAUGAUGGUUCAAGUGCUUGGGCUCCUGCCACCCAUCCUGGCUCCUGGCUUCGGCCUGGCCUAGCCCUACCCUUUGUGGCCACUUAGGGAGUGAACUAGCUGGUGGAAGAUCUCUGUGUUUCUCCCUCUCUCUCUCUAACUCUGCCUUUCAAAUAAAUAUUUUUUAAAAAUAUAAAUGAAUAAACUCAGUAACAGAUUUUUCUUCAAUAUCACACAUGAAAAUAAUCCAGACACUUAAUAAUAGCAUUAUUAUUAGUAGUAGUUUUUUAAAAUUCAUUUUGUUUCUAGUCCUAAAUCCACCCCUGCGCCUCUGUAAGUCAUUUCUAGGAACAACCAGCUGUCAUUUAUUCCCCUAUUUCUUCUGGCAAUGGUGAUCACUUUACUGAAACCAAGUGAUCCUAGUGAAGACUGUCAGUAAAGAGAGCUUGAGAUCAUGCAGAACCAAUCAGAAUCCUCCCCAAAAUAUAUUGUUUCUUCUUUGGAUCUCAGUUUUCUCUUUCAUAUAUCCUUUCAACUCCAAAGUGAAUAAAUUCUAAUUUUCAAAUGUAGGCCUUUCAGAACACCUCACUGGCAUGGUGAUCCAGACUGUACAGUCUGAAAAAUACACCUACCCUCUUUGCCACCCUCCCCUCUUGUAGUGCGUGAGGAAGAGGGGUUUCUCAAGGUGUGAAGCAGUUCUCCAUGCACGCUGGUGGUGGUACAGGCAAAGGUCCUAAUGCCUCGGGGUCACUGGCCCACACAGGUCUGGUUUCCCAGGUGCUCAGAAGCUAGAUAAGAGGCCAGCACUGUGGGGUAUCAAGUUAAGCUGCCACUUGGGUGCUAGUUGGGGUAUCAAGUGAAGCUACCAUAUGGGUGCUAGUUCAGGUCCCGGCUGCUCCACUUCUGAUCCAGCUCCUGGAAAAGUAACAGAGGAUGGCCCAGGUGCUUGGGUCCCUGCACCCACAUGGGAGAACUAGAAGAAGCUACUGGCCCCUGCCUUUGUCCUGGCCCAGACCAAGCUGUUGAGGCCAUUUGGGAAGUGAACCAUCAGAUGGAAGACCUGUCUCCCCCCCCCCCCCCAUAACUCUGCCUUUCAAAUAAAUAAAAUAAAUCUUUUUUAAAAAGCCAAACAGUUAACACUACUGCCAUCCCUUUGUCUAUCCUUUUUCCUAUUUUCCAGCCAUCUCAGUGACAUCAGCAUCUCAAGAGCCCACCACUGACCAGACCAAGCUGUGUGGCAUAUGCUUCAGCCUACUUCUGUUUCGUUGAAAUGAUCACAUAGCAAAUACUCAAAUAGGAAAUCGCUAAAAGAUUUCCCUAUCCUUGGAACAAAAUCACAUCAUAGAAAUGCUAAUGCAAAGCAAAGUAAAUCAAAUCCCUGAGGAGUAUGCUUAGAAUUCUCAUCUCCCUUUAGAUUUUAAUGUGUCUUUUCCUGAGGUUAACAAUGGGCUGGGAUAAAGCUAAUAGGCUGUGAAGCCUUGGUUAAGACAAGUCCUAUUCCUGGGCUUCAAUGAAGAGCCUAGGCAGGAUGGUUUUUGCAGGCACUCCUAGCACUGUUGCUCUGUGACUCUGCCCAUUUUCUGUAAGAGCUGCAAAUGGUAAACACGAUUUUGGCAGGAAUCCUUUCAUUGUGAAUGCCUCCUUGCUUCUUGAGUACAAUGAAAACAGCCAAGGCUGCGUGACCCCCUCAUCACUCAGCCAGCCUUAUGGUCCUGGCUUCUGAGGCUUCCAGACAGCAUCUUAGCAAUUAAGUGCAUCUGGACCAUCCAUGCAUGAUGGUCCUGGGCUGGAGGUCCCUCAAAGGUAGCAAGAGGAAGAGGAAAGCAAGAAUCCCCGAGGCGACUUGUUGAGAAAGAAGCAGAGAGCCUUGUGGUUGAGAUCAAGCAAUGUGUUUCAAAAGCCAGAAACGUAUUCCCAUUCAAGGAAGACUUAAUUUUUCAGGCACCAGGCAUGUGACAGGCUGAGCUGGCAAGAUCUGUCUGAGGACAAACACUGCCAUGCAGCUGGAAGCCUGAAAACCAAAGAGCUGAGAGAUUUGCAAGUAGUCAACUAUUUUCAGAUCUCUUUAAACAUCAGAUGAGAGGAUGAGGUCUAAGAAGUAUUUUCGCAGAGUGGUUAAGUGCCUAGGACUUAUAGUCUGACAGAUGUGGGUUUUGGGUCCUCAUCACUACUCUUGUAACUUUGGACAGAUUACUCUCAAAGCCUCAGUUAUGUAAGUGGGAAAACAUCUAUCUCACAAGGCUGUUGAAAAGAUUAAAUGAGAGCACGGAUAGGAAGCCCUUCAUGCAGUGCCUGGUGCACAUAGUAGGUCCCAAAUGUGGUGUUGACUGUAGCAGACACAAAGUCAUUCCAACCAGGUGGCGUCAGGAAGGCAGAUCUAAUCCAAGAUGUUUGGAAGGGGCUGCCACCAGACACCUGGUAGAAUGGUGCCCCAUGCACUUCUCCCAGAAACCAGCCUCCAGAAGUGAAGAAUGACCCCACAAUGAGGGCUUAGAGUGUUCUGGAGCCUUUGUUAGGGGUGCCCUCCAGGGCACAGGAAUCUGCAUUUAAGUCCUGACAUCAGCAAACUGUGAUCUUGGACAAGCAUAUUUCAUCUAUACAAUGAGAUUAAUAAUCUUGCCUACCUCACAAAAUAGUUAGAAGGUCAAAUAAAAGUAUGGUUUUUUGUAAAUAUUUAUUUAUUUGAAAGAGUUACAGAGAGAGGUAGAGACAGAGAGAGAGGUCUUCCACUCACUGGUUCACUCCCCAAAUGGCCAUAAUGGCCAGAGCUGCGCCGAUCCAGAGCCAAGAGCUUCUUCCGGGUCUCUCAUGCAGAUGCAGGGGCCCAAAGUCUUGGGCCAUUUUCCACUGCUUUCCCAGGCUGUAGCAGAGAGCUUGAUCAGAAGAGGAGCAGCCAGAACUAGAACCGGUGCCCAUAUGGGAUGCCAGCACUGCAGACCAGGACUUUACCUGAUGCACCACAGUGCCAGUUCCUAAAAGUAUGUUUUAGAAACUAAAAUGUUGUGGACAGAAAACAUUGUGAGGGGCUAAGGGGUAGGCAGUGUUUGUGCCAGAAUGGGGCUGAGUACACCCCUCCCGAAGCCCUUCCCAAGGGCUCCAUCCAUCCUCCACCUCCCCCACCCCCCAGUUCACAUUUGGUCCCAGGAACCUAACCUUACCUGAAAAUACCAGGGCAACAGGCCUUUAAAUUGGUUGUCUUCUGAGAAACUUCUGGAAGUAAAGGCAGCCAAGAAGAAUCAGCCAGUGCAUGCUGGCGUUUGGAUGAACAGAGCAGUGUGCCAUGAUGGUGUCAAGGCCCAGGAGGAAAGAGCAGAUAGGAGAGUCCCUCAGCACUAUAAUUAGAACACCAUAGCAAAAAAACACUAAUCGUGUACUCAGCACUCUUGACAGUUCCAAAAGCCCUUUCUCAUCCAAGCUCUAGUGAUUUUCUUUCUUUUUUUGACAGGCAGAGUGGAUAGUGAGAGAGAGACAGAGAGAAAGGUCUUCCUUUGCCGUUGGUUCACCCUCCAAUGGCCGCCGCGGCCGGCGCACUGUGGCCGGUGCACCACGCUGAUCUGAUAGCAGGAGCCAGGUACUUAUCCUGGUCUCCCAUGGGGUGCAGGGCCCAAGCACCUGGGCCAUCCUCCACUGCACUUCCCGGGCCACAGCAGAGAGCUGGCCUGGAAGAGGGGCAACCGGGACAGAAUCCAGCGCCCCGACCGGGACUAGAACCCGGUGUGCCGGCGCCGCUAGGUGGAGGAUUAGCCUAGUGAGCCACAGCGCCGGCCACUCCAGUGAUCUUUGACACAACCCUGUGAUAGGGAGUCUAUCAUUCCCUGUACUGAAAUGAGGAAAGCUGGCACCUGCAUCAGUGAAACAGGGUACCCAUGACUACAUGGAGACUGCUGUAAAUGCCUUGGUUGGUCUCAGAACAGGGUGGGAGCUGCCUCCUGUUCCUGGACCCUGCCUGUGUGGAGGUGGGGAGAGGCUCAGGGCUUGGGAUGAUGGCAGAAGGAGGGCAGCUGAAGAGAAACCCUGAGCAGCAAUUGUGUCUACACCUGGCUUGUUGUCUGCUUGUGGGAGAAAAGGAGGGAGAGGAACACACUCCUCUCACCACUCCCACUCCCUCACAAGACUGAACCCAGAGCAGGGUUGAGCAGCCGAGGCUUUCCUCAUGUCCCAGAGCCAGAGGCAGAUGGACCCGCAGUCACGCAGAGAGAUGCUGCCUUCCUCGGUUUGCAAACUGUCUUCAAUUCCCCCAAUUGCUCUUUCUAACUUGCUCAACCAGGGACCAGGCUGAUGUCAUGCCAGCUGAGAAGAAGUACUGUAAUGGGCUGAGCACAAUUCCUCGGGAGGAGCAAUUAGCAAAAAUUGGAGCUGUCCCUCUGCAAGACUGAGCAGAGAGGAAUAGUAACUCUCCUGUCUCUCCCCAUCAGGUUCCCGCUUAGCAGCUGUUUUCAUGCUCUUUUAUUCUGGCUGUGUUCUGCAUACUAACACCUCUUCUCAGUGGCAUACGAAACAGGAAAUGUCACAUGAUGCUGUGAGCUGUGUACAAAUAUCAAGAGAUAUGUGGAAAUAUAGGGUACCCAUUUGCAAAUAUCUAUGGUACCUCCCUGUUCUGUGUUGAUAUGUUUUAUUGAUACAAACUGGAUUUUCUUAAUAUAUCUGUUCUUCUUAUUAUAGUAGCACUGAUGGUGUGUGCAUUAAAGUUCAUCUGAACCACA